UGAAACGUUAUCUGAGCUGUUGUUUGGUGGCAGUUUGUCUAACAUAAAACUUUGUGACUAACUCUCAUUUGCGGACGGUGUCUUGCGUACAUGUGUGAUAAAGUUAACUGCCGUUAACGUGAGGAAGAGGGAGAGCUAAUUUGAAGUUAAAGCCAAAUCAGACCACUGUAGCUGUAAGCUAGCUUACGCUAACACCAUGCCAAAACAAGCUCCCCAAGUCAACUAGAUGAGUGGGCUAACGUUACAGUUAUCCAGUUUUAGCAUAAGUGAUCCAUGGAAAACUUGGGCAGACCCAAACGGGCUAGACAUGGUGACUGGGAGAGGGAAGCAGCUGCAGACAAGGUGGAAAACUGGAGGAUCCAGGAUCAGGGUCGAGGACAACACUUCAGAUCUGAGGGAGGUCAGCAGGGUAAGAGCCAGGGUGGGCUCUACCGGGCCAGUCCCAAGAAGGGAGGACUAGGUCCUAUGAGCUACUCCCCUGGUGGAUUCAGAGGUGGUCACAGCCCCUUGCAGAGGGAUGAUUUCCGGUGGUUCUCAGGUCCUGAGAACAGUGGUGGGAGUCGAGACGAUAACUGGAGAGGGCGCUCACAACAGCAACCGCAGCAGCACUGGAGGAGGAAUUCACAGGGAGAAGGUGCCGAGGAGUACAGGGAGCAGGGCAGGAGCGAGGCAAAUGAUGGCAGUGCUCAUAAAUCGGGGCGAAAACGGAGAAACAGAAACAAGAAGAAAGCUUUUGCUGAGGAGAACAGGGGCCUUGAAGAGUCCACACUCUCAGCCAAAGACAUGCGCAGCUUAAGACUGGCAGAGAGGCGUCUUAACAAAGAUGAGAUCUACUGUCUGAAGAAGAGGUCCCACAGCAACCCCAGUGCACUUUACACGUGUGCUCUGUGUGAUGUUCUCCUGGAAUCUCUGUCUGAUGCUAACAGGCAUAUCAGAGACAAACGGCACAAAAAGAAGGCUAGGGAGAGGCAAGAGCAGGUGAUGCUGAUCGAGAUUCUGCCUCCUGGUCCAGAGCAGAUCAGUGCAGUGAGUGCUGCACUAGCAGCUGUUGUCGGGGAACAUGGGCUGAAUGAUGAGGAUGUUGUGAAGAGACAAAGUGUUGUCGCCCUCAUGCAAGACCUCCUUCUGUCCGUCCUGCCUGAGAUCAGGCUCAGGCUAUAUGGAUCAUCUUGCACUAAGUUUGGAUUUAAGGAUUCUGAUGUCAACAUUGACAUUCAGUAUCCACCUCACAUGCAUCAACCAGACGUCUUGAUGUUGGUCAAGGACAACCUCUCUGUGAGCCCUCUCUUUGUUGAUCUGGAAGCUGAUUUUCAUGCCAGGGUUCCUGUGGUCAUCUGCAAAGAGAAAAACAGUGGCCUCGUCUGCAAAGUUAGUGCAGGCAAUGAAAACGCGUUCCAGACCACCUCCUAUCUUUCUGCACUGUCCAAUCGGGAGCCUGUCCUCCUCCCACUGGUUUUGGGCCUCAGACGCUGGGCCCAGAUCUGUGUGAUUGACCAUGCAGAGGAAGGUGGGCUGCCACCGUAUGUCUUCGCCCUCAUGGUUAUCUACUUCUUACAGCAGCGCAAAGAGUCCCUCUUGCCUACUUACCUGAAACAAGACAUUAAGGUGUUUUCACUCAGCAGGCUGUCAGACUUCAAUCUCACACAUGUGGAUGAGGAUGGGUAUUUACACUGGGCUUACACCCCGUCAUCUAAAGAAUCUUCACAGCCAGCAGAGGGCUCCUGUAUAAAGGGAAAGGUACCGCUGGUUUUCCAGACUCCUCACCUGCCUGUGGAAGUUGGGCUUCUCUGGGUCGAAAUGCUUCGCUUCUACUCACUGGAGUUCAACACAGCUGACAAUGUGAUCAGUGUGCGAACCAGUGUUGUCCUCUCCCGAGAGAUGAAAGACUGGCCAAAAAAACGCAUUGCUGUCGAAGACCCUUUUGCCGUGAAGAGAAAUGUGGCCCGCACGGUGAACAGCCAACAAAUGUACGAGUACAUCCUCCACUGCCUCAAAACCACAUACAAGUACUUUGCACUGCCGCUCAACACGCCAGCUGCUAGUCACAAGACACGGGCACAGCGUGGACCCAUUAAAGGGGCAAAUGUGAAGGCUUUGAAUGAAGAGAUUGUAUCAGAUUUCAGUCAGCUUAGUUUUCAGUCACAACAAGAAAAUGACCCUGACAUUGUAGAAAAUGGCCCAGAAGACUCUGAUUGCAUUAUUGAGGAAGAGGAGGAAGUUGAAGAAUACAGUGAUUCUGAUGAAGAGAGAGAGAAGGAAAAAGCGGACCUUGGUAAAAGCAGUCUCUCAGAGGAUGAGGAGGAUGAGGAUGUAGAUAUUGAUGUGGGCACAGGCAACAGACACCACUUGGACAGCUUCACCACCGAGGAUGAGGAGAUUUUCCCAGUGGAUGAGAUCUCAGGGGAGGAGCUUUUGUCUGAUGUGGAGGGUCCAGAUUUGGACACACUUGGCUCAAUGGACGAGGAGGACGAGGAGGAGGGGGAGGAGGUGGAUUUGGCACCUCCACUUUUAGAGGAUACAGUUAAAGAUGAGAGCCCAGAAAAUGAAACCCAAAAACAGAGCAAACUUUCUUAUGAGUUCACCAGGCAAGCUUUCACUCGAGGCAAGUCACACAUGGUCGUGUGCAGCUUGUGCAAGCGUGAUGGACAUCUGAAGAAAGACUGUCCUGAAGAUUUCAAGAAAGUGCAGCUGGAUCCUUUGCCCCCAAUAACACCAGAGUUUCUUGGUAUCCUUAACCAAGUCUGUGAGCAGUGCUACACUGACUUUGCCCCAGAUGAACUGGAAAUGAGUGUGAGAGAGCACAUUCUUCAAGACCUGGAGACCUUUGUCAGACGACAGUUUGCUGGAGCUCGGCUGCAGCUAUUUGGAUCAUCCAAAAAUGGCUUUGGCUUCAGACAGAGUGACCUAGACAUCUGUAUGGUACUGGAGGGGCAGGAGACCAUAAAUGAUAUUGACUGCAUCACUAUAAUCGAAAGCUUGGCGAGACUGCUGAAGAAACACCCAGGUGUGAAGAACAUCUUGCCCAUCACUACUGCAAAAGUACCCAUCGUGAAAUUCUACCAUGUUCGCACCAGCCUGGAGGGAGACAUUAGCCUCUACAACACUCUGGCCCUGCACAACACGCACCUGCUGGCUUCAUAUGCUGCCAUUGACAGGAGAGUCAAGAUCCUCUGUUAUGUCAUGAAGGUUUUUGCCAAAAUGUGUGAUAUUGGGGAUGCGUCACGCGGCAGCCUCUCGUCCUACGCCUACACCCUCAUGGUGCUCUUCUUUCUCCAGCAGAGAAACCCACCAGUGAUCCCUGUGCUGCAAGAGAUUUAUGAUGGAAAGAAGAAGCCAGAGGUCCUGGUUGAUGGCUGGAACGUGUACUUUUUCGAUGAUUUAAAAGCAUUACCCAGUCGCUGGCCACAGUAUGGGAAGAACACCGAGACUGUGGGGGAGCUGUGGCUCGGCCUCCUGCGCUUUUACACUGAAGACUUCGACUUCAGAGAGCAUGUUGUCUGCAUCCGUCAGCAUGACCGUCUCACCACCUUCAACAAGCAGUGGACCUCCAAGUACAUUGUCAUUGAAGAUCCAUUUGACCUGAAUCAUAAUCUCGGUGCGGGUCUCUCCAGGAAAAUGACUAAUUUCAUCAUGAAGGCUUUCAUCAAUGGAAGAACAGUGUUUGGCACACCAGUCAAAGCUUUCCCUCCAGUUUACCCCAGUCAGAUGGAGUAUUUCUUUGAUCCCGAAGUUCUCACCGAGGGAGAGGUGGCUCCCAAUGACCGCUGCUGCCGCAUCUGCGGCAAGAUCGGCCACUUCAUGAAAGAUUGUCCCAUGCGUAAGAAGUCCAAGCACAGAAAGGACUCGGAGCGAAGGCCAGAGCAUCAGCGAGACAAAAUGGAUACAGGAGAGGACUCCAAGGAUCAGGUCAGACACAAGAGUGAGCACUGGAGGAAAAGAGAUGCACUGGAGAUGCGCUGCUGUUAUCUGUGUGGGUCAAGCGCCCACAUCAAGAAGGACUGUCAGCUGUACAAAAGCCCUGCAGGUACUGUGAAGAAAGAAAACUUUUAUUCCCCCUCCUCAGCCCAUUUGAGGAAUUUGAGAGAAAAGGAGAGGCAGGGGUCGCCUGUACAAGAAGAGAACAAGAAAAGAAAGCAACAAAAUGUGAUAUUAAGUCCACAAGCAGGUAGUUUAGCCUGCCGACAUUUGGGUCGCUCUGGGCACCGGAAGAGCCCAGUGGAAUGAGCAACAUCUGUGGCUACACAAACCACGAGGGUCUACUCUCGUCCAGGCAGACAGCAACCCAAAGUUCAGAAACUCCUAAAUAUGAAUGGGACUCUUGGGCCAGUGGGAGCCCGUUAAAAGCCAAAGCCAGGACGCCUUGACUUGAAGCCAAAUAGGGCCUUUUUAUGUGUGUUAUCCCCCCACCCCCUACAGCUCUCCUCCUCAGAGGAGUUUUUUAAAGCUUUCAUUUUAACAAGACAAGCCAUUAUGCAUGCACCUCAUGUCUUUGUUUACCUACACUGCCAGUCAGGUUGUUUUUUUUGUUGUUUUUUUUUUAAACACAAUUACAUUUGAAGCAGUGCCAUUGCAGAUUCAGUGUGAAAUCUCUCAAAUUAUAAAAUGCAAUGUUUUGUUGUUAUGGGCUAACAGUAAACUGGUUCUGAUGUAUCUUAUUUGUGGACAACAUCUUAUACUUAUUUGUAUAGGGUCAGGUAAGCUCUUGUGUUUGUAAACACUGCUACAUCUGUAAGACAAAUGGUCAUGACGUCAGUAUGUGGUCUGUCACGUCAUCAAGAUUGAGGCCAAUUUCAAGUUAAAACAAAAGGUUAUUCAUUAGAUAUUCUUUACUUUAUAAUUACAAAGUUUUAUAAUGAAUUGCCAAUUUUUCUUGAUAUUUGACGAAGAAAUUACAGUCUGGAUUUGUUUCAAAUUUUGAAUGGCAGUGUAUCUUUCAUAAUGGCCAGGUUCCAUUUUUAUAUCAAAUUUAUUUUAAAUCCUCCUUAAUUUUUUUAAUUUGUCUUCUGCACUGACAUUUAUCAGUUUAUCUCUCCUUCAGCGUUGAAAGCAGCUUUACCAACAGUAUCUGUGUUUGUGUGUGUCUGUGUUAAAGAAGCCACCCUGUAGGUAUUUUGUCAGACUGCUGAUCCACCCCUGUUUCAUAGAUGCAUAUUGCCCCACAACUGCCUUGUAAGUGUGAAUAGUAGGACAGUAAAACUGUGCUUACUCUGCCAAUAUUGGCCUCUAUCUGUCUUUACACGUUCCAGGAAGUGUUAUAACUAUAGUGCAAGAACAUAUAGUUGAGAAGGUUGGCCAAAGAGUUUAACGCUUAAACUCAUGAAACUGGUAAGAUUUUGGAUGGAAAAAAAAAUCAACUGGUCCAGCUGAUUGCACACACUGCUGCAAACACUGUUCGCUUACUGUAAAACCUAAGCUACAGGUAAUCCAAGUUAGCUCAGUGGAAAGACAAAUGUAUUUAUUUGCCACAAAUUCUUCAUUUUGUUGUAACGGUGUCACAGAUUGGUAGCUGCACUGUGAGGGCUGAUGCCCUUUAAUUCUGUUGCUGCUAGUUAAUGUCUCAAAGGCCUGCUUACCAUUCAACUUUAAAUAUGGACUCUGACUUUCUUGUCCUAAUGUGGUUGAAUUUUUAUGAAAGAAUUAUGUUGAUGUUAUUGGAAUCAAACUUCUCAUUUUAAAGAAACUUCAUUUUAAAUGCCUCAUUGCAUUUCUUUUUGUUGGACAAAAGGUAUAGUUUGUAUUUAAGAAACUCCCAAUCCUGCCAUGCUAAGUUGGCUUGUGAUCCAUUUUGUGUCUCAAAGAAUUCAUUAAACUGAAGUCAAGUCCCA